ACAGGUGGUGACUUUGAUGUUGAUACAUCAUAGUUCGUAUAUAUAAGAGUUACUGAUUUGGUCUAUCAUCAGUAUCAGUAUCAGUAUCACAAUUCCUUUACACAGUCAUCUCCUCCACGUUAGCUCUCUUUCUCUAGCUCUGACGCGCAGACUCUCUAGCUCUGACGCGCAGACACUGCUCUCACAAAGUCACAUGACUGCCCUGCAACCACGUAUACGACGCCUUAAAAAUUAUAACGACGAAACAACAACUCUCUCUCUCUCUUCUUUCUCUCUCUGCUAAAGCUUAACACUUAACUGUUGCUGUGUCAAGCCCAUUUUCAGUACUGCAGGGCCAUUAAACAAAGUCUUCCUUUCCCACCUCUUGCCCUUUUUCAUCCGCUCUUUCUUUCUCGCCCUAAAACAAUCACUCCUAAGGUUUUGGUUUACUCUUCUGCUCUGGCUCUCCCAACCAUGGAAGCUUUCAGCUUGCUCAAGUACUGGAGAGGAGGUGGAGUGACCGGAAACAAUGCACGCACAGUCCCAGGUACCACCACCAUAGCUGAAACCGUGCAACAACCGGUGGUGGAAACGGACGACGAAGAAGACGAAGAAGGGUCUUUCUUUGACUUGGAGUUUGCGGUUCCUGACGACGAGGAGGACUGUGAAGGCGGAGACGAUAACGAAAGCGAGAGCGGAGUUGACGAGGAAGAUGAUGGAGAUUCCUCGACGGGAACAGAUGGAGAGAAAGAGUUCAAUUUCAGGGUAUCUUCUGAGUCGAGCGGUGGCAGAACGGACCCUAAUCUCUCACUUUCCCCUUCUGAUGAUCUCUUCUUCAAAGGAAGGCUUGUGCCUUUCGAGCCAUCGUCACUUGAUUUUAACUCCUCUGAGCCAAACUCAAAAUCUCAGUUCCCUGUUUCCUUGUUGAAAUCUGCUACCAAGUUCCGGGUAUUCACUUUGGGGUUAAGGAAGCCCAAAUUGACGUCGUCUGAGAAGACGGAAUCAAACGCUGCAGCCGAAGCUACUCCAAAAGAGGAUCAGCCACCGCAGACCCAGCAGCAACAGCAAGGGAAAUUUCUCACGGUGAAAUUCAAGGUUGAAGGGGUCCCGAUCGUUUCUCUGUUAAGCAGAGACAAUAGUUCAAGAAGCUCUAGAAACAAGCUUCAUCAGAAGAACUCCGACGAGACGCCUACGGAUGACAAGAAAUUUUCGAAGGAUGUCGUGCAGAAGUAUCUGAAGAUGAUCAAGCCGCUUUACGUAAAGGUUUCUAGGAGGUAUGGGGAGAAGCUGAAAUUUUCUGGACAGUUAAGCUUGGGGUCAGGCAAGGCAGCACCGGCACCCGACCCAGCUCCAGCGCCGACAACGACGCCAGUGUCAUCUCCACAGACAACCAAGAGCAACCAAGGUGAAGCAGAGGAGACCGAAGCGCCGCACUGUAUUGUUCGGAGCCAGAAACAGGGGACUUUGCCGGCGGGAUUGCGUGUGGUGUGUAAGCAUUUAGGAAAGAGCAGGUCCGCGUCUUCGGCUGUGGCAGCGGCGCCGCCCACAUUGCCGUCUCAGUCCAGUAGACGUGAUGAUUCAUUGUUGCAGCAACAGGAUGGGAUCCAGGGGGCUAUUUUGCACUGCAAGAGAUCAUUUAAUGCUUCAGGAGACUCGGAGACCUCUAUGUUGUCGCGGUGUGUGAGCGAUCCCUCUCACGAGAAAUUAAUUAGUUCGUGUAGAAAUUCCUCGGAUCUCUCUAACGAGAAAUGUUCGUACAGGAUUUCUUCAGAAGAAGGAAGCGUUACUCACGCUCGCAUUUGAAGCUUUGGUUGUUGAAAUUGAAAGACAAGGAAAGAUUGGAUCUGUGAAGUGUUUCUGUUUACAGUUUUUGUAAAAAGAGGAAGGAAAAAAAUUUAGGAGGCGAGAGUUGUGAUCUGUUAGUGUUGGUGUUAGUGUUAGUGUUAGUGUUAGUGUUAGGGAUGAUCAAUCUUACUCCUCUACCUGUAAAGGAUGCAAUCUGCAAUAGCACAAUCUGUCUUACUUUAGCUUAGAUCUUCAAAUGUGUUCGAUGAAAUGACUCUGUGAAUCAUCUUUAGAAAUCAAGUAACCUUACCCUGUA